AUGCGUAGGCUCGGUGGCAUAAAAAGUUCUGGCAUGGGAUCUUCGCGAUUGCAAGUUCUCCGAGGAAUUUUAAGGGAGUUAAAGCUGUUAUCUCCAGUUAAGGUAAUUAAAUGACUUUUAGAACAUGAAACAUCUAACAAUCGUGAUGGCGUACUUGUCUCUGAUGGCUUAGACAAUUCCAAGCGUGUCCAUUUGUCCAUCUUGACAAGAUGACAAAUGCCGGUCGGUCCCGGCGACAAGAUGACAAGGAUGAUGAAGGUUCUGAACCACUGGGAAAGGCACCUGUUCUUGAUCUGCUUUUAUCUUUAGGUAUUCUCAGCAAGCCCCUAGAUCCUGAUUUUGGUAGCGUGUGCGAUAAGAAACUAUUGUUGCUUACUCCCCCCGCGUGGGAUGGUGAGUCAUAAUGAUGUCCCCCUCUCCCCAUUCCCAGUAGAGGCGGUUGAAACUGUUCACAAGCCCCCUGAAAUACAGUAAAAACCCGCAACCAAGAACCUGUUAGGCUAAAAUUUGCCAGUUAGGCCCCCUCUAUACAAGAACCUGUUUAGCCUAAAAUGGGCGAUUGCAUUUAAUAUCCCCCCCCCCACCCACCUCGGUUGAGGAACCAUAGAAUUCUCCAGGGGUAAGUUAUAUAAAUUGACGAUUUCUUUAGGGGUUGAGUAAAAAAAUAUGGAAUUCUUUGGGGGUGAAACCUUAAUUUUAACGAAAUUCUUCAGGGGUAUGACCUAAUUCUUCAUAGGGUGAAUGCAAUUUUAGCCAAUCUUCAGGGGUCAGAAGAAAAGGCAAGUCCUCAACCAGGGGGUACAGAUAUUAAAUGCAACAGCCCAAUUUGAAACAGGUUCUUAUUUUCUAAAAAAUAUCUCUAAAAACAUUCUGUACACUUAGGAGAAUAAGAUACCAUAAAUCCUCUAUUGAGCCCCCACACCCCUCUCUAAUAAGCCGCCCAUUUUCAGGGAAAGAAAGUUAAUAAGCCCCCCUCUUUUAACCCCCCCACCCCUUAUCAUUCUUUAUGUUGAACAUGUUGAACUGAUCUGGGAUGGUUUAUUCACCAACUGGAAGUUUGGAUUUGUUUUUGUUCCUCAGCUGCAUGACCUCCAACUUCUUGUACUUGAGCUUUUCCACUUUGUAUUCUAGUUCUUUAUGGAGACUCACUUUCUUGCUGUAAUAAUUUUCAGGAGCCAGUCAUAUCAACGGUCGAAGGACAGUUCCUUAUUUCAGAGUAUCGUCAGUUUUCUAAGGCUGGGGAGACAGUGGCAAACAUACUUUACUAUGACAGCCUCUAUUAUUUAUGCUUGCUGACAAGCCAGAGAGAGGCAAUGGUGAGUUGGAUCAAUUAAAACUACCCACCUACCCCUCCCCUAACCCAACAUUUUGCCCCAAGUGAGAUGCAAAUGUUAACGUUGAGUUAGGGGAGGGAUAGGUGGGCAGUUUCGCAAAAACCUUAAUUCAUCUGGUGAGUUUUCUUUUUAUGGUCUUGUCAAUCAAAGUAAGUGAAUUUCGUUUUUAAUCACUUGAAAACCUUACAUCAGCAUGCGUAUUCUCGAUACUGUGCCCCAUAACAUUUCCUAUGGUGGUCAUAAAAAUAUGUUUAACAAUCAAAGUGUACUGUACUUAAUGUUGAUCAUUUUCUUUCUUGCUGAUCAUUUCCUUUUUUCUCUCAACUUCAUGUUUUUAAAGUACAUUUUGUUGCUAUAGAGAGAAAUUGAAUGUUCUUCUCCGUCGGUUUGAGUCUUUGCUUACACAUUUAUCUUUUUUUCUCACGAUUCUCUGUGCAUGUGUUUUCAGUGAUUUGUAAAAGGAUUUUUAAGCCUUUACACUUUAUUUUACAGGAUCUUUUCUUGAGAUACAAAGGAAGAGGAGAAAGAUCUGUGGAGGAAACAGCUGGCUUAGUGGGUUUUAAACUUCCUAAACAGUACCAAGAUCCUUGA